AUGGCGGAUUCUGCUGCUGCGACCACGUCUGCCGCCGCCGUUGAUCCGGCGCAGGCUGCCAAGAUUGCCGAGCGCGAGGCUCGCAAGAAGGAGAAGGCUGCCGAGGCUGCUGCCCGCGCCGAGCAGAAGAAGCAGAAGGAGGCCGAGAAGGCUGCUGCUGUUGCUGCCAAAGCCGCCGCUGCCGUCACCGCCGACGGCGCCGAUGCUGCCGAUGCCAAGGGCAAGAAGAAGAAGACGACCGCUGCGUCUGACAAGCCCUCCGACGAGGAGAUUCUCAAGCUCGUCCAGGCAACCCCGGCUGGCUCCAAGAAGGAUCUUGCCAACAUCCCCAUGUUGGAUGGCUACAACCCGACCAUCGUCGAGUCGUCCUGGUACUCGUGGUGGGAAAAGUCUGGCUUCUUCAAGCCCGAGUAUCCUACUGGCAAGCUCAACCAAAACAACCCCAAGGGCACGUUCAUGAUUUGCAUUCCUCCGCCGAACGUUACUGGCGCUCUGCACAUUGGACAUGCACUCACCAACGCCGUUCAGGACACCCUUGUGCGCUGGCACCGCAUGCGCGGCGAAACCACCCUGUGGAACCCCGGCACGGAUCACGCCGGUAUUGCCACCCAGGUCGUCGUCGAGAAGAAGCUCGCCAAGGAGCGGAAGAUCACCCGCCACGAACUCGGCCGCGAGGCCUUCGUUGCGGAGGUGUGGAAGUGGAAGGAGCAGUACGGCGACCGCAUCUGCACUCAAUUGCGCCGAUUGGGCUCUUCGUAUGACUGGGACCGCAACGUCUUUACGAUGGACCCCAAGCUGUCCAACGCCGUCAACGAGGCUUUUGUCCAGCUGCACGAGAAGGGCUACAUUUACCGCUCGGAGCGUCUUGUCAACUGGAGCUGCUCGCUCAAGUCGGCCAUCUCGGAUCUCGAAGUCGAGGCCCUCGAGCUUCCCGGCCGCACCAUGCUGAGCGUCCCCGGCCACGGCGAUCGCAAGUACGAGUUUGGCGUGCUCGUCUCGUUCGCCUACAAGAUUGAGGGCUCUGGCGAGGAGAUUGUUGUCGCCACCACCCGUAUCGAGACCAUGCUUGGUGAUUCGGCCAUCGCCGUGCACCCCCAGGAUGAGCGCUACAAGCACCUCGUCGGCAAGCGCGCCGUCCACCCCUUCCGCGCAGAUACGAUUCCGAUCAUUGCCGACGAUUUCGUCGACCGCGCUUUCGGUACCGGUGCCGUCAAGAUCACCCCUGCGCACGAUCACAACGACUACGAGGUCGGCAAGCGUCACUCGCUCCCCUUCCUGACCAUGCUCAACGACGACGGCACCAUCGACGGCCGCGUCGCUCCCAAGUUUGGCGGCAUGAAGCGCUUUGACGCGCGCAACGCUGUCAUGGCUGAGCUCAAGACCCUUGGCCUGUUCAAGGAGGUCAAGGACAACCCAAUGUCUGUCCCGAUCUGCCAGCGCAGCAAGGACGUCGUCGAGCCGCUCAUCAAGCCGCAAUGGUUUUGCAACUGCGACGACAUGGCCAAGCGCUCUGUUGCUGCCGUCAAGAAUGGCGACCUGCGCAUCCUGCCCGCCGUCCAUGAGAAGACCUGGUACCACUGGCUCGACAACAUUCGCGAUUGGUGCAUUUCGCGCCAGCUGUGGUGGGGCCACCGCAUUCCCGCGUACUAUGUCCGCACUGCUGGCGAGACUCCCGACAACCACCAGUUUGGCUCCGACUCGACGCGGUGGUUUGUCGGCCGCACGCCCGAGGCUGCCCGCGAGAUUGCGGCUGCCAAGCUCGGUGUCGCUGCAGACUCGCUGACGCUCGAGCAGGACCCCGACGUUCUCGACACGUGGUUCUCCUCGGCGCUCUUCCCCUUCUCGAUUUUCGGCUGGCCCAACGGCGGCGCCGACUUCGAGACCUUCUUCCCUGGCUCGCUGCUCGAGACUGGCGCGGACAUUCUCUUCUUCUGGGUUGCCCGCAUGGUCUUUUUCAGCUUGGCGCUGACCGACAAGCUGCCCUUCAAGGAUGUCUAUCUCCACCCGAUCGUUCGUGACGCUCAAGGUCGCAAGAUGAGCAAGACGCUCGGCAACGUCAUCGACCCCGUCGACGUCAUCCAGGGCAUCAGCCUGCAGGGUUUGAACGACUCUCUUGCUGGAGGCAACCUCGACCCCAAGGAGUACGAGCGCGCCCUCAAAAACCAAAAGGAGGUCUACCCGCAGGGCAUUCCCGAGUGCGGCACCGAUGCUCUCCGCUUUGCCCUGCUGUCCUACCUCACUGCCGGUCGUGACAUCAACCUGGACGUUACCCGCGUCACCGUCUACCGCUUUUUCUGCAACAAGCUGUGGAAUGCGACCAAGUUCGCCAUGGCCAACUUGGGCAAGGACUUUGUCCCCGCUGCAACCGAGUCGCACCUCACUGCCGACUCUGGCGAAAGCAAGAUUGACCAGUGGAUCUUGAGUCGCCUCGCCAACGCCAUCGAACAGGCCAACAAUGGCAUGCGCAACUAUGACUUCCCGCUCUUGACAUCGAGCAUUCAUGGUUUCUGGCUGUACGAGCUCUGCGACGUCUACCUGGAAGCCAUCAAGCCCGUGUUCCGUCUCGAGGAGGCUGCCAACGGCACCGCUUCGGCGAGCACCUCGACCGCACCCGCAAUGAGUGAGGACGAGAAGAUUGCUGCUCGCAAGGCCGCCCGCGCUGCCCGCGACACGCUGUACACUUGCUUGGACACUGGUCUGCGUCUGCUCUCCCCGAUCAUGCCUUUCGUGACUGAGGAGCUCUACCAGCGCCUGCCCCGCCGUGCCAGCGAGUCGAUUGUCAGCAUCUGCGUUGCUGCCUAUCCCGAGAGCACCAGCUACCGCAACGCUGCUCUGGAGGCCGACUUUAGCUCUGCUCUCGAGCUUUUGCGUGUGAUUCGUUCGCUCAAGACUGCCUACUUGCCCGUCAAGGCCAAGGCUGAUGUCUAUGUUGUCUCCACCAACGACGCGUUCAAGGCAGCCGCUGACCAGUACCGCGCUGUCAUUGCCAACCUGUCCGCCAGCUCGUCGCUCACCAUUGUCGCCAAGAGCGAAGGCUUUGCUGUUCCUGAAGGCUGUGCCAUGGAGACCCUCUCUGGCAGCGGUGAGGUUCACCUCAUGGUCAAGGGCCUUGUCGAUGCUCAAAAGGAGCUUGAUCGUUUCAACGAGCGCCUCAAGACCACCAAGCAAAGCCUCGACAAGCUGCUCAAGCUUGUCGCCGCCUCAGACUAUGAGCAGAAGGUCCCCGAGAAUAUUCGCCAGACCAACGACGAGCGCAUCAAGACUGCUCAAGCAGACAUUGUCACAAUCGAGCGUGGCAUUGCCAUGUAUGAGAAGAUGCGUGUUUAA